AUGUCUAAUGCAAAAGAAAGAAAACAUGCUAAGAAAAUGAGGAACCAGCCCACUAACGUGACUUUAUCUUCUGGCUUUGUGGCCGAUAGGGGCACAAAGUACCAUAAUGGAGGUGGAAGACCUUUCCAAGCUCAAAAACAAGAGCCUUUCCCUGGAACUUCACGACAGCGGCAAACCAAAAUGACCCACCACUCCCCCGUGGAUCCUGAUGUGAAGGAGCAGUCUUCCUCCAAAAUCAUGUUUAAAAAGAAAGGAGGUUGGAAAGCAGGUCCGGAGGGCAUGUCUCAGGAAAUUCCCAAGUAUAUAACUGCUUCUACUUUUGCUCAAGCUCGAGCUGCGGAAAUCAGUGCUAUGUUGAAAGCAGUGACCCAGAAGUCUUCCAAUUCGCUGGUUUUCCAGACCCUGCCCCGCCACAUGAGACGGAGAGCCAUGAGCCACAACGUCAAGCGCCUUCCCAGGCGGUUGCGGGAGAUUGCCCAGAAAGAGGCCGAGAAAGCAGUACAUCAGAAAAAAGAACAUUCAAAGAAUAAAUGCCAUAAAGCUCGAAGAUGCCACAAAAACCGGGUGCUAGAAUUCAACCGUAGACAAAAGAAGAACAUAUGGUUGGAGACUCACAUCUGGCACGCCAAGCGGUUUCACAUGGUCAAGAAGUGGGGCUACUGUCUGGGAGAGAGGCCGACAGUGAAGAGCCACAGAGCCUGCUACCGAGCCAUGACAAACCGGUGCCUCCUUCAGGAUUUAUCCUACUACUGUUGUUUGGAGUUGAAGGGCAAAGAGGAAGAAAUCCUGAAGGCUCUUUCUCCGAUGUGUAGCACAGAUGCAGGACUGACUUUCGCAGCAGUUCACUGCCUGUCUGGGAAGCGCCAAGGUAGUGUCCUGCUCUAUCGGGCAAACAGAUACCCUCAAGAGAUGCUGGGGCCUGUCACGUUUAUUUGGAAGUCUGAGAGAACCCCCAGUCACACUUCUGAGAGCAGGCAGUUGUGGAUCUGGCUUCAUCCAACGCUUAAACAGGAUAUCUUAGAGGAACUCAAAGCAGUGUGCCAGUGUGUGGAACCCAUCAAACCCACCGUCUGCACCCCCAGCCCUCUGCCGACAACAUCCGAAGAAAAAAGCCAAACCGAACUGCCUGAUGAGAAAAUGGGCAAGAAAAGAAAACGGAAAGAUGAUGGAGAAAAUGCUAAACCCGUUAAAAAAAUCAUCGGUGACGGAACUAGAGACCCACACCAGCCGUCUUCUUGGAUCUCUGUAGCCACAGGCAUUAUAAUCAGUGAUUUGACGAUGGAGAUGAACAGGCUCCGGUUGAUCGGUCCGCUUUCCCACUCCAUCCUGACCGAGGCGCUGAAGGCUGCUUCUGUCCAGACCAUGAGAGAGGGAGAAGACACAGAGAAGACACCUCACCACUGGUGGACUGAAACCUGUAAGAAUCCUGAUAGCGUUUCCCUUCAUCACAGACAAGAAGCCAUUUUUGAGUUGUUGGGAGGAAUAACAUCACCAGCAGAAAUUCCAGCCGGUACUAUUUUGGGACUGACUGUUGGGGAUCCUCGAAUAAAUUUGCCUCCAAAGAGGUCCAAAGUUUUGCCCAAUCCAGAAAAAUGCCAAGAUAAUGAGAAAGUUAGACAGCUGCUUCUGGAGGGUGUGCCUGUGGACUGUGCGCAUAGCUUUAUUUGGAACCAAGCUAUCUGUAAGAAUGUCACAGAGAAUAAAAUCUCGGAUCAGGAUUUAAACCGGAGAAGAAGUGAAUUGCUGGUGCCUGGGUCACAGCUUGUUCUAGGUCCCCAGGAAUCCAAGAUACCUAUACUUUUGAUUCAGCAGCCAGGGAAGGUGACCGGUGAUGACCGACGAGGCUGGGGAAGUGGCUGGGACAUCCUGCUCCCCAAAGGCUGGGGCAUGGCUUUCUGGAUUCCAUUUAUCUAUCGAGGGGCAAGAGUUGGCGGGUUAAAAGAGUCCAUGAUGCAUUCGCAGUACAAAAGGUCACCGGACAUCCCCGGAGAUUUCCCAGACUGCCCCGCGGGGGUUGUGUUUGCCGAGGAGCAAGCCAAGAACCUCCUCGAAAAGUACAAAAGGCGCCCUCCUGCAAAACGGCCCAACUAUGUGAAGCUUGGCACCCUGGCUCCUUUCUGCUGUCCCUGGGAGCAGUUAGCUCAGGAGUGGGAGUCAAGAGUCCGGGCCCAAGAGGAAUGCUCUGUGGCCACCUCUCCAAGUGGUGAGGACGGUGACUCGAGGAGAGACAAGUUGCCUUGCGAUCCCACACCUGAAAACACGGAUCUGCGGUCUGACGAAGGGGGCACAUCUCCGAGCAGCUGCAGUGAGCCCCGAGAAGUCAUGGACACAGAGUGCCCAGCCCGGGUGGGGACCGAGUGGGUAGCAGGCCAGGAUGCCACCGGCAGUCUCCUCUGCGUUCUGCGGAGUAGGAAAUGGCUGAAGCAGCUGUCGACCUGGUGUGGGCCCGGCUCCGGGGACAGGCGGGCAGCCCGGCGGGCUCCGGGCAGUGGGCAGCCAGCACCGACCAGAGCGGCCUGCCUGCCCCUCCUGGAGCGCUUCCCCAGGGCGCUGGUGUGGGUCAGCCUGGCCCUGCUGAGGAAGGGCAGCCCCGAGCUGCACUCCAUGAUCUGUGUCCCCGCCGAGGAGGACUUCCUCCGGCUCCGUCAGGAUCAGCUGUACUGUGGGCCCCAGGAAUCCAAGCACAGUGACCCCUUCAAGAGCGAGAUCCGGAAGCAGAAAGAGAGGAAGAAAGUGGAGAAGAGGCAGAACAAACAGGCGCCCGCUGAGCCUGAGGGUCUGGCCAGGGGCCCCCCUGCAGCUGGACACCGAGCUCUGACCCUGGGCCUGUGGUCAGGCCCCCUCCCGGGGGUGACUUCUCACUGCUCCAGAGUUCUCCUCGGCUUUGUGACGCAGGGAGACUUCUCCAUGGCCGUCGGCGGCGGAGAAGCCUUGGGGUUUGUUAGCUUGACAGGCUUGCUGGAUAUGCUGUCCACCCAGCCGGCAGCCGAGAGGGGGCUCGUGUUGCUGAGGGCGCCCGCCUCCCCGCAGUAUCGGUUUGCGAGAAUUGCCGUGGAGGUGUGAGCGCCCGUGGACACCCCGCAGCAGAGACGGGCUAACUGCUUGUUUGCCAAGUCCCCCUGUUGGAGAGUUUUGUUUUUGCCAUCCUCUGCUUCGAAAUAUCACACGAAAUUCCUUGGAAAUGAGAAUAAAGAUAAGGCAUUAUGCAGACGAAGGGCUACUGACAUCAUUCCGGUAAUCUCUUGGUAAUCUCCUGGAUUGCUUCCAUCUUUCCUCGUCCUUGCUGUAACACUUGAAGAGUAUUGCGCAUGGGUAGCCGAAAGCUUUUUUUGUAUUGAUUUCUUGGUCUCUGUCAUUCUUGCUGAACAUCAUUAGAUGCCCUUGUAUGUUUUCUUGUUCCUUUUUUAUUAGGAACAAAGGACUGUCAAGUGUAUUUGAAAAGCCCUGUAGACACGAGAUAAGCAACAGUGGUUGUUUAAUGGUGUGAUUGUUAGAGGCGAGGGAAAGGCUAUAAACACUUGGCCUCUGUGCAUGACAUAGGGUUCCCUCAUCUGGACCACGUUCGAGUCCGUCCUGGAAUCAGCGUGUGCCUAACACCUGACACCAUGCGGAAGGAAACCGUGGAAAAUUACUGCUUGUUUUCAGGCAGGCUCGGUGUAUGGCAGAGGGGUUGGGGUGGACUCAGAAUGGGGCUCUGGUCUUUAGGACCCAUUGUGCCCUUUGCUGUUGACCAACAAAUACAUGAUCCUAGAAGUUACUUGGUUCUUCUGUGCUUUUUUUUCUACAAAAAAUUUUUCAAAGCCAGGGAGGCUGGCUUCUCAAAAUAUGUUCUAUGAAGUGUGUUAUCUAAAAAAAAAAAAAAAAA